CAUUUCUCAAUCAGUAUGACGAGCGAAGAGCCGACUCGAGCCCAAUGGUCUUCGCGAGAGGAUCGAGAGAAUCAACCGCCAAUGCCAGGUUCGAUGUACACAAAGCACUCGACAUACUCGACUUCAAAACAUCCAACAACACACACCCGGACUUCGUACAUGCCUUCAAAAAGUUCUCAACAUCAUCAUCCAGCCUCUUCGUCGCAUCACAACCAUCACCGCAAGAGAUCUGAUGCCACUAAACGCUAUGCAAUCGAAGAUUUCCGUCAGGCCUUCGCACGAAAAGGAAUGGACUUGGAUACGAGCAACAAAUUGGGGCGUGGAAAGUACAGUAAGGUGUACAAGGCUUUCGAUAGGAACAACAAUCGAGUUGUAGCAGUCAAGGCGAUCGAUACCCAGGAGUUGACGACAGAUGUGAAGAUGAAGUUUUUGCCACGUGAGCUCAGUUGCUGGCGGAAGCUGAAGAAUCCGUUCGUUGUGGGGCUUCAUGCACAGUACGAGGCACAGAGUAUGAUCUUCCUGACGAUGGAGUACGGUAGUCAAGGAGACUUGUUACGCUACGUCCAAGAACAUGGAGGAAUUCACGAGCAAAAAGCCGGACUAUUUAUGUCCCAACUGAUACGUGGGCUCCAAUUCAUGCACUCGAUAAAUAUCGCACACCGUGACAUCAAAUUGGAGAACAUCAUUCUAUUCGAUAAUUGCGUCAAACUAUCCGAUUUCGGAUUUGUUCGUAAAAUGGAUGAGAGCGCAUUGUCGUCGACAUUCUGCGGAUCGAAAUCCUACUCGGCACCUGAGCUGCUCCGUGGAAUCGUCUACAACCCAUUUUUGUCGGAUGUCUGGUCGCUUGGUGUUGUUGGAUUCGUGAUGGUCACCAAUAGAAUGCCGUUUGAUGAGAAGAAGCCGAAUAAUGUCAUCGUCGAGUUGCAGAGAAAUCGCCAAUAUGUGAUCCCACAUUCGGUGUUCCUCUCAACAUCGUGCAUUUCUUCAUUCGAAUCAAUGAUGGCAUUUGACACAAGAAACCGUCCCACAUCAACCGAUUGCCUUGCUUUGCCAUGGAUUACUCCACAUAUUGUAAUGGAUCGCCAUUCUGGGUUGGUCAAUCAGAAGCUGUCGGAUUAAAUAAUUAUUGGAAUUUUUUUAGAUAACUCGAAAUAAGAAUAUGGAAUUGGAUACGAGAUGAUGAUAAUAAACUGACUGUGAAUGAUUCUCUGCUACACCAUUUUAUGUAUAAAUGCUUAUUGCA